UAUACAACCCCGUGUCUACCCAUCAAAUGAACGAUCUUUGCCAUGUUGCUGAUGAUAUUUCGACAACCGAUAAUAAGCUAUGUUUGGGCUAGAGCUGGAAAGAAAUUGGAUCGGACAACGUAAUGACAAUGGUUUGAUGCUCGAUGAUCAUCUUUAAUUCGGUGGUGAAACUGGGGAACCCGGAUGUCGCCCGGGCCCUGCUAGCGGCAGGAGCCGAUCCCAACGCGCGGGACCCCACCUGCGGUCUCACCGUGACCCACGACGCCGCGCGUGAAGGUUUCCUGGACAUGGUGCACGUGCUGGUCGAGCACAGGGCAGAUGUGAACGCAGUGGACUUUGACGGUAACCUGCCGCUGCACCUGGCCGCCAGGGAGGGCCAUCUGAAGGUGGUGCAGCUGCUGCUCGGCCUCACCGCGGAGCCCGGCAGGCGCAACGGACACGGACACACGGCCUGGGACCUCGCGCACGCCUACCACAAAACGGACACCGCCAAUUACAUCGCCGAGUACAUGAUCGCAUAUCACUAA